AUGGUUGUGGCAGGCAGCACCGACGGAUGGGGAUCGAUCUGUGCUGCCCAACCUUAUCGUCAUGCAGCGCAGGACAGCACUAGGGCAUGGCAAAGAGCUCUUCAGCUUCUCGCACCCGGUGCAGAUGAGAAAAGGUUCUUCGAUGUUAUCUGUGUACUGGGGAAUGCCUGGCAGUGGCGUUUCGCAGUGGAAGUCCUUGACUAUAUGGCCAGGGCCAGUGCGCAGGCCACGGUCUUUUGUUUCACGGCGGCUUUAAGUGCAUGCGAGAAGGCUACUCGUUGGCAGACCGCCGUCCAGCUGCUGAAUGACAUGGGGCAUGCGAGAGUUCGACCUAACAUUGUCACCGUCAAUGCCCUGAUCAGCGCAUGCGGGAAAGCCAGUGAAUGGCAGCUUGCAAUGCAUGUCACUUUCAGCAUGCAGAGGGCAGAGGGACUUAGGGCGGAUCAGGUCACAUACUGCGCUGCCAUCACCGCGUGUGAGAAGGGGCUCCGCUGGCCACAGGCUGUUCACAUUUUUGCUUCAAUGCCCCGCGCCAGGUUGGUGCAAGACGUGGUUGGCUUUAGUGCCACCAUCAGCGCAUGUGAGAAGGGCGGGCAAUGGGAGAUGGCCCUGGGCCUGCUGGCACAGAUGCCAAUUGCAAGGGUCACACAGGAUGCCGUCUGCAUCACUGCCGUCAUUAGCGCCUUUGAGAAGGGCACACAGUGGCCCCUGGCACUCCACCUUUUGGCAGCAAUGCCGCAAUUCAGACUCAUCCCGAACGAAGUCAGCUUCAGUGCUGCCAUCAGUGCUUGCGGUAAAGGAGAGCAAUGGCAAAGAGCUCUGCAGCUGCUCUCCGAUAUGCCGACGGUACAUGCUAAACCCAACCAG